AAAUUCCUAAGAAUAUUUCAAUAUUAUGAGAAAAAUAAAUUUUCAAUAUUCUCAAACAAUUUUGAUCUAACCUCUACGUAAUAUCCCUUUCAUAAAUUCCUCAAUUAAAUUUCCUACGAAUGAAAAAGUCGAGCGCGGCGAAAUGAUUCGCUUUCGGGCUUCAGCCACGGCAAGCCACACGGAUUUCCGACCAGUCGCUCGGAGUAGUCGUUUCUCGUCGUCAUCGUUGUUUUUCGCGAUUCUCGAGAUCCUCGUCGGACAUCAGGCGAUGAAAAUUCGGAAUUUUAUACCCAGCGCUCCCGCUGCGGCUGGCCUUUAACAACAUCGCCGGUGGCAGCACUGUGCGAUCGUGUAAUUUGCGUUGAACGACACGUAUUUCGGUACGUGCUCUCGCAAACGUACUGCGUAAAUCCGCGACGCGCGUGUAAUCCGCGCGACGACCACACGAACGUGGGAGGUGGACGAGGACGUGGAGCAAGUCCGACGACCGGUUAUUAUCACAAAGAAAGAAGGUACGUUCCGCGCGCGCGAGGCCCUGCGGCUUCCGCGGGACAAACGCGGCCAUCCCGUUUCUCCGUUACUUCCUCGGGAGGGUAAUCAACAGACGCAUCGUUCGAUAUACUGGCUAUGAAAAUGAAGAUCCCGAACGGAGGGUCUGGAAAUGGGACGUAUUACGGACAGGAGAUGGGCAUCACUUCCUAUGUUGUUGAUAACAUCGACCCAGAGGUGCAGGCCGAGGUGCAAGCGAUAGGCGACGGCGACUUCUCAGAGUAUCUCUGGAUGGAGAAUGAAGAGGAGUUUGAUAAGCAGGUGCUCCAACAACUGGAAGAGGAAGAGCUGAUGGAGGAAUGUCUCGAGGCAAUGCUGGAGGAGGAGAGGCAACACCAGAGGAAUAUGAGCUCCACCGCUUGGUCCACGGCUACUGGCACUUCCGACAAUAACGCCACCGAGCUCUGUCAGCAGUUGAGCAGUCUGAGGAUGCAGGACGAUCUUGCCAAACAGAGCACGCUAAAUCCAGACGCGGCCGAAUUUAUUCCUGCGUGCAAAUCGACUGUGGUACCACCUGUAAGUACAUCGACAGAAACCACAGUCACUACAGAGCCGUCGUAGAAAUCUUUUGUGUUUUAUCUCUCUUGUCCGUUCUCCGUUUAAGUCACAUAUAAAAUCGGGCUACACAUAAUGAUUAGAGUUUACUAUUAUAUACAAUCCAGCAGUCAUAUUAAGCGGAUCAUCAUGUUAGAUGUUCAAUGACUGUGACUGUAGGUACAAAGAUAAAGAGAGGGAUAAAGUUGUGCGUAAUUAUGCGUACGUAUUAUCCGAAAAGCAUCAGUUGCACAAUCAGACGAAACGAUAACGCGGUAUCCCGAAAUUUUUAUAGAUGAGAAGUACUGAAUGUGAUAUCGCGCGGAAUAAUUGUGUACAUGCCUUUUUUUCGCUGAAACACUAUCGAACAAUCGCUAGUUUACAAAUCACUCGUUAAAAAAAAAUUUGCAAUUUGUAUCUCUUGUUCGAUGCCAUCUACAUCGAGGGGCGUUUCUCGCAGAGGCAAAUAUUUUUAGCAUUUUCAAUCUUUGUAUAAUUUGUAUAAAAUUAAAAUCGUUGUACGUCUAUGGGAAUAACCCGCUGUUCACGUUAAGCUGAACAGAAAGGAUAGAAUGCACUGAAUGGUUUACGGGGCAGGGGGGAGGACUUUCAUAAGUUUAUGAAAUAUGUAUAUGUGUGAGCAGGAACAUAUAUACACAUAUAUUAUUCUGUAAAUUAUGUUCAUAUUUUAUAUAUAAUAUAUAUUAUAUAUAUAUAAUUAAAUAUUAUGUAUAUAAUGUAUGUAUAUAAUAUAUACAUAUAUUAUAUAUAAUAUGCAUGUAUUAUAUAUAUAUAUAAUAUACAUAUAUACGUAUAUAUGUAUGUCUCAAUCAGAUCUUAUCAUUCUCGAAGCGUAUGUAAACCAUUUUACCUUUUACAAUAUAUUUACUCUGCAUCAAGAUGUAAAAUCUUUCACGAGCGCACAAUGGUAAAACUUUUUACAGCCUGAGAGAAAGUUUUACAGCUUGAUAUCCAUCUGUCCAAUGAAAACCUUUCUUAAGAGUUCCUUUUGUAAUACUUAUAUAGUAGGGAAUGAUGAGAUGUUUACAGAAUCGUUAGCAGGACGCGUCUCGUUUGAUACGAGAUAUUGCGCACGAGUCAUAUAAAGCAUGAAAAAUCAUAAUGACACUACGUUAUUUUUUAACGAACAUUUUGGAUAGAUGAAUCGGCAUAAACAAUCGUGAGUGUACAUGUAAGUGGAAAAAAAUCAGAGAGUUAUGUUAUCUGUACAAAUAUAUCGUCUUAUUUGGAAAUUUGCAUGAGAAAGUUCUGUCCGGAGAACGCUAUCAUUGAGUCCUGCUUCAGCAUUCAUCCAAACUUAAGAUCUCAAGUGAAAGUCUUACUUAGGCUGUGAGGGACUCUUUUUAUGGCUUUUUUUUUAAUGACGCUGAAAAUCAGGACACACUGCUUACUUACUUUUUUAACCGAUUAUAUUUAUCUUCAUGGAGUUAAUCUUUCGAAAUUUUAGAAAAUCGUAGAUUGUAGAAUGUAACACCACGAUGAAACAUGAAAAUAUGGGUAAAUGGUGAAUGUACUUCAAAACCUGCUUGAAUGGCAAGAAGAUUGAUUUGACUUUUGAUGUAGCACAAUAUAUACUCGUUAUUUAUAAAAGUAUAUGUCACAUCAUGUAUAUUUGUACAACAUUUGAUAGUACAUGUUUUUUUAACAACUCUUUAUUGUUUUUUUUUCCAAACAAACAAUUUCUGAAUUGCAUUUUCUGGUACGGCUUCUAUUUGAUUAAUAGAAUUUUAUCAAUUGUGUAAAUUUAAAAUCAAACUUUUUGCGAUCCAAGAUUCUACUAGUGAUUAAAACGCAUUCGUGCUUACUUAACGGUGAUAUCUGCCAUUCUUUUUAAUAAUUACGAUUAGUGUACGAGUUUUAAUAAGAUCUAUACAUUGAGAUAUCUAUAUAUUGUUAUGUGCUUGCAUUCUAUAUACUUUAUGUAUGGUAAACGUGCACAUUAGUCACAAACCUGGUUUUAAAAUGAAUAUAGAGACUGUGAUUAUUAAAGCAGCGUUACUAAAUUUAUUGAAAGUAAUUCAGCGGUAAAGACAUCAUAUAUUAGUCUCUUGCAAUAUAUUUAAUCUGGAAUUGUUUUUCCCAUUAUCGUUUGUUUUAUCAAAAAUACAAUGUUAACCUUGUAACAUUCAGUUACAAACCUAAUUACCGGCAAAAUAAAAACGGCUACACGAUUUCGGAAGCACGAAAUCGGAUAUUUUAUGAUGCGAUUAAAUAAAGGUAAUACGAGAAAAUCACUAGUUUUGUGACGCUCUAAAAAAAUCAAAUUAAUGCGAGUGUAAAAUAGAGACUGAUUUCACGUCCAUUUUUACGUCAGCUUUAAUACCCGAACUAGAUAUACAUCAUUCAUCUUUUAAUUAUUACUUUACAACUACAACUAAUAUAGAUUCUGUGUAACAUAGAAAAUCAUUUUGCAAUACUAUAUUGACUAUGCUACAUAAUAGUCAAUAUACUAAUACCAAUGAAAAUGUGCUGACUAUCGCGCGCGAUCUGCGUUUAAAGUUUUAUUAAUUAAAAAAAAUCUAGUUGCUAUGUAUAUCUUAAGACCUCGUUUCCCAAAACUAUAAAAAUGUAUUGACCUUACAGAAAAAAAAGAAACGUAUACAUAGAUUCAUUUGCAGAUUAUUUAAGAUUAGGCAGCUAUAAUAUGUGGAAAAUAUAUACUAUAAAUGUAAUACCAUGUAAUACCAUCAUUAAAUUACAAAUUUGACUUCGUCUUGAUAUCUUCAGAUGUCAAGUCUCAAUAUAUUAUACGGGACACUAGAAAUCGCAUCACAAUAGACUUGCGAACUGAGAUUUGUAAUACAUAUAAAUGCCGCAUAAUUUCUUAGAUUUCUCAAACGCCCAUUAAACUCGUCUCGAACUUUUGGUAAUUACUGCAACAUUUCCUUCACCUCACUUGCAUAUAUUGGUAUCUCUAUAUGUAUUGUUAAGAACAUUAGGUUAUUCUAGAUUUAAGAGAUGUGCAGCUGUAAUCUUCUCGUACGGUACAAUAUAAAACAGUACUACAAUAAACGAUAGUCAUUACAACCAUCGUAAAUCAUCGUGAUAACUGAUUAUACGUAUCUGCAGUAACCAAUGCGAACAUUGUAACUCGAAUCUGUUGUAAAGAAGUUCAACGACCACUUGCGUCUUUACAAAAGUAACACUGUAUCUUUUUAGCAUUAUGUUAAUCAAAAGAAAAAAAAAGUACAAAAGCAAAAUGACAUAAAAAUAUAAGUUUUAUAUUUAAGUCACUGGAGGAAUGAUUAAUUGUCAUUCCCCAUUAUUAUAUAUAUUAUUUACCGCAUUAUACUUUGUGCAAUGCAACACAGAUUGGAUUGUAAAAUAAUUAAUAUGUAUAAAAUCAAGAUAGGUGAUAUUACUUUUAUAUUACCUUUAACUUAUAAUGUAUUUCCUCACUUCCAGUAAAUUUUUGCAUUUGUGGUUUUUUCGUGCCUAUACUCCUUUUUUUCUGUAGCAUUUAACGUGUACGUGUAAAGCGAGAAAUAUAGAGAUGUAUGUAUAAAAAUGUAG